AUGAAUAAGAAUUGUGAACUGUCUGAAGAGAGAAAGAAUGCUGGAACAAAACUCAACAACACACGGAAGAGAAAGAUGCAUGAAAUCAAGAAAUUAGAUGAAAAAGAACGCAGACUCGGAAUUUUCAACAAAGCAAUAGAGCUAUCUAUUCUAUGCCAAUCAAAAACUGCAAUCAUCGUCAAAUCGCCAAACAAGAACAAGUUCUAUGCAUGUGGCUACCCCUGUGACUCUGUCAUUCAACGUUUUCUGACCGGACGUAUGAUGGUCGAGGAUGGGAAAAAGAAGAAAGAAGACGACGACAUCGCUAAAACCCUAAGGCUUCAAUAUGAAGCACUUCAAGAAAAACUUGAAGAAGAGGAGGAUAAUUUGAAAUCUCUCAAAGUCACUGAGUCACAAAAGAGUGAUUUUAAUGUCCAUGAUUGGUGGAAUAAUUCUAUUGAUGAUAUGGAUUUAGCAUCUCUUGAAGACUUCAAAAAUUCUUUGGACAGUUUCAAGAAUAAUUUACGUGCAGCAAGCCAAGCAGAGAAGUCCAAUUUGCAUCCAAAUUUAAACAUUGCUACUUAA